AUCAGCAGAAGCAACAAAGAUGAGGAUGAGUUGUAAUGGAUGUCGAGUUCUCCGCAAAGGUUGCAGCGAGAACUACAGCAUCAGACCUUGCUUGCAAUGGAUCAAAAACCCAGAAUCCCAAGCACAUGCCACUGUCUUCCUUGCCAAGUUCUAUGGCCGUGUUGGGCUCAUGAAUCUCAUUAAUGCCGGACCUGAACAUCUCCAUCCUGCGAUAUUCAGGUCACUUCUCUACAAAGCUUGUGGGAGAAUAGUGAAUCCAAUCUAUGGUUCAGUUGGGUUGCUAUGGUCUGGAAGCUGGCAACUUUGUCAAUCCGCCGUUGAAGCUGUUCUGAAAGGUGCUUCGGUGGUUCAAAUCUCCUCUGAACCUACGGUAAACCCAUGCCCUCCCUUGAAAGCUUCCGAUAUACGGCAUGUCUCCAAGGAUGAGAAAUCUGCGGCUUCUCAAGAGCUUCACAAGGUCAAGACCCGGAACCGGUUCAAGCGUUCUCUUCCCUCCCUUCGUCUUCUUCUCCUUUCUCUCUCGCCCUCAAGUCUGCACUCUCUCUUCAAUUUCCUUUUGGUCUUGCACUACCUGCAACGUCGCCGGAAUUUGUAG